UUAGUGUUUGGACCGCGUGUUGUUCAAAUGUCUUUAGAAUCGCUCCCGAAAAGCUUAAGGGGCCUAAGGGCCUGUCUCCUCUGUUCCAUGAUAAAAUCGAUCGAUCAGUUUGAACAAGACGGAUGCGAUAAUUGCGAGGAAUUCUUGAAAAUGAAGAAUAAUCGGGACGUGGUUUAUGACUGUACCAGUCAGAAUUUCGAUGGGAUGGUCGCCAUGAUGGCCCCGGAGGACAGCUGGGUGGCCAAAUGGCAACGGAUCACUAAAAUGUGCAAAGGGAUGUACGCCCUGUCGGUCUCGGGCACCCUACCGAAGGGCAUCAUAAAGGAUUUGGCUAGACAAGGGAUCAGUUACAAGCCGAGGGACACCAGUCAACGUUAGCACCUUUAUAUUUUAUUUUAAUAAAUAAUUUUUUUUGUA